AGGAAGAAAAAGUUCUUCGUAGAGUCACAGUACGACAACGAAAAAAUGUCGAAGGUGGUGGUUUCCACCAUAAUCACCGCCUUCGUCUUUUUCGUUGUACUAUUCACACAAUUACUCAAAUUGAAUCAUAAUAACGUAUAUUACACACCUAAUGGCUUGAGCAGAAGAUUAGGCCUUAAGACUCGUGACCCUAUUUUUGAUCCUCUUGUUGCUGAAUUGGAGAGAAAGCCUAAAGGAAAAAAUAAAGCAGAUAAUUCGAGUCGAAGAUCGCAUAAUAAGGAGGAUGAUAAAUAUUUUGAUAAUGAUGGGAGGUUGAAAACUAGUUUGAGAUUAAUGGUUUUGUUCCCUAUUUUGGAUGUUGCACCGAAAGAUGGUUUUAUUGAAUAUAAGGAGCUAGAAGUUUGGAAUACGCAACAAGCUAUUGAUCGUUUGCAUUAUAGAACUAAGAGAGAAUUGGAGUUUCGAGAUAAGGAUGGAGAUGGAGCUAUUUCUUUCUCUGAAUAUUUGCCUCAAUUUACCAAUGAAGACAUAGAGAGAAAUGAGACAAGCCAUGGAGAAGCAGGAUGGUGGAUGGCACAAUUUAGAAAUGCUGAUGCUGAUCGAAGUGGAACUCUAAACUUAUAUGAAUUUAGAGAUUUUAUGCACCCUGAAGAUAGCAGGAACGAAAAUAUACAAAGGUGGUUGUUGAGAGAAAAAAUAAGGCAAAUGGAUGUAAACAAGGAUAAGAAGCUUAAUCGAUUGGAAUUUAGUAAUGGUGCUUAUAACAUUUAUAAGACGUACCUUGAAUAUGAAUCUCGGGGAACAAAUAUUCCUACACCAUUUGAAGCAUUCGCCAAGCUUGACUGCGAUGGGGACGAAUUUCUGAGAGUGGAAGAAUUGAAACCAAUUCUACAGUAUUUGUGCCCCGGAGAACUGUCCUAUGCUAAAGUCUACACCACUUAUUUGAUUCGAGAGGCUGAUGAUAACCAAGAUGGUAAAUUAUCGUUGGAUGAGAUACUGAAUCAUGAAAGCAUUUUCUAUAGUACGGUAUAUGACAAUGGUAGGAAUGAAGAUCUAUUCCACGACGAACUCUAAUUUGUGGUACGUCACUCAAGUGCCAUUGGGACCAUUGAAUUUUGAACGUACAUAGCACGUAGGUUGAUUCAAUAUUGAGAUGACAAAUGCCGGAGCAGACUCUCUUUUUUUCUCUCUUUUUUCUCAUAGGCUUUCUCCUUCUUGUUAUGAUAAUCAUCCCAAAGAACCUCUAACAUUUUGAUUGACUGACACUCCAUUCACUUGUACAUAAAUGAUAUUUGUUCCUUUUUUUCUUUUAUGUAAUUACUUAGGGUGUUUUUGGUAGGAAGGAAAAUAUUUUUGCGGAAGAUGUUUUUCUAGUUUUUUUUUUGGUGUUUGGUAAGUAAGCAUAAAAUAUAGUCUCAUAUUUGUAUAUAAUCUAGGCAAACACUAUGUAUGAUGGUGGGGGUAAUAUGUGGUGCGUUUGAGAAUGCAGAGGAGUGAA